AUGACACAACCCACCGAAGAAGACACGCGCAACACGGUACCAUCACCACAACAACAACUAACUACAGUCGCCGAAAAGACACUACCAUCAAAAUGCAAAAAUGGCUCAUUACUCACAUAUUGUCCGACUAUGGACUUGAUUGCUCUCGCGAGCGAGGAUGAGCAGUUACAUGUUUUUCGACUCAAUGGGCAGGAAGUGCUAAGUGCUGAUUUGGCGGGGGAUCCGUAUUUGGAUGAAGUCAAGGGUGAGAUUAGAGGGAUUAGGUGGAAGAAUGAUGGUCGCUUGUUAGCAGUCGCUGAUGCCGAGAAUAAACUCCGCAUUAUAAGUUCCUACACCGGCAAAACAGUGCAUCAUUUCUCGUGUCUACCACAUGAUCAGGAACAAUAUUCUUCAUCAAGUCCCGAAAAUUCCAACAAGGAUGCUAAAAAUAUCCGAAUUACGUGUAUUGGUUGGGGCGUUAAUUUCACAGAUAGCAAAGCAGCUCAAAGCCAUCUUCGAGAGGGCAAUGGUCAAAUUUCCGUUGAGGAUUUGUUGGCUCCUGAUACAGAUCCUGUGAAAGCGGCGUUGCAGCUUAAAGCGGAUUUGCCGCGUGAAUUGGCAUUGCUGGAUGUUGAGAGUUCGUUGCCAAGGUUGAGUACGCUGCCGGGGAGUGGGAGCGAUGAGGAUUUGUUUAGCACUCGGGUGUCAAUUGAUGCUAUUUUCCAGUCUUUUAACAGAAUCUCAAGCGACGCUGUGGAUGUUCUAUUUGUGGGUUUGAACGAUGGCAGGGCUCAUCUUCGGAUUUUUGACUGUUUCGAGAUUGGAAAUUUCUCAAUAACGGCAAACAAGGCACAGGCAUCGACUCAGGUUGAGACAUUGGUGCACACAUCGCAUCCAAUGAGUUCAACACAUGCAAUCAUAAUGUCCGAGAAAACAAAAGAUGCCCCUAAUCCGACUCUGAAAGUCAUUUCACUCGACUUACGCUUCAUCACGAAAUCAGGACGCUACUUAUCACUUCUAGCUUUUAAGAUCACACAAUUACAGAAUUUGUUAAGAUAUAUAAACCAGACGCAGCGACAAAUUGCGCUCGAGUGGAAGAAUGUCUAUGAAUUGCCUGCUCGGUUUAUGAGAAGUGUUGCCGAUGAGUUGCAAGAGAAGUGCCAUUGUGAUUUUGUCACUGCUUUGUACCAUUUGGUUGUUACGGGGAAUUGUUUUCCGCCGGUCAAGGAUUUUUUGGUGGAUAUUGUUGGUGAAAGGGGUCAUAAACGAUGGGAAAAGACAGUGUCUUCAGGAUAUGAGAACGUCCGGAGAUUGACACAUGAAUGUCUACUGCCUGCUCUAGAGAGAUGUGAGGUCCUUCUCAGUCGGCUGAUCGGUAUAUCAAAAUUCCACAAACUCAACCAUAUUCUUGGCCUCGAGACUAGAGAUCUCCAUGAGGUUAUUGAGACGCUUGAUUGUCUUCAUCUUCUGUCCCAUUCAAUCCUGACGAAGACCACCCGCGAAAUGCAUCAGUUCAUGGAGUUUGCCAGAUGGCUUCGCCAUGAAAUUGAUAUUCAGACUGCCGAACCCAUGUCUCAAACGCUGGAAGAAUUGUUAGAGAAGAGUGACUUGAUCGACCACGCCGCGACGCUGGAUUAUAUAGAGGGUGCACUUACCAAGAGCUCUCUUCGUCGAUACAUCUCUUCUACUCCAAGCCCAGCUCCAGUAGCGGGGAGCGAUUCACAGAAGAGUGUCGCGGAUGGAGAGAGAUUUUCAUUCUACCAGACAUUCAGAAACACCUUAGCUGCUGAAGAGGAUGAAAAAGGAGACUGUAACAGCGGAAACAAGAAUGAACUGUCUCGGCCUGCUCCUCCGCAGCUGAAUGAUCUCAUCGCUCGACUUGGGUCUCAAUGUGGGAAGGUAUUUGACAAGAUUGCUCUGGCGCAGAGACGCAGUAUUCUUCAUCAUUGUCUGUUGGUGCUACAUCCGGAUUGUGAUUCGAACGUGAUUGAUACGAUCAUGCAAUAUGAAAACUUCAAUGAGGAAGAGUAUGCAAUUUAUGUGACUUCGAGGUUGAGAAGUGCGCCGAAUACACUUCUCAUAUACAAAAUAACGAUACAAUGUACAAAUGGGGUGAGCUCAACAAAGAACAUCUCCGUGGCUUCUAUGCGCCUGUCUAAGGGAGAGAUCAAACAAGCUCAAUUUGUCGACGAUGGGACUAUUAUGUUGCUAUAUGCGAACAAAGAUCGGUCAUAUCUCCUCAACUUCUAUAUCUCUACUUCCUCGUCCGACGCCGAUGAAACCGAAUCCUUCCCACAAUAUACUACUACAACAGAUCUUCAAUCCCUUCCAACCCCAUUCGAUCUUGAUAUCUUCGGUCAUCAUGCAGAUAUCAUAAUACACACAUUCCCAACCUUCGGUCCCAAAUCGAAACCGAUCAGAAUGAAUGUCAACGGGCGAAAAGAGAGAAGAGCUGCCUGUAUCCUUUCGGCUGAUAUGAUGCGUUAUGAGGUUCUGGAUAUUGAUCAUCCGGUCGAGAGUGACUCUGAGGAUUGA